CCCCCCUCCGUCUCUCCUACCCUUGUACGGUUUUCGAUUACCUUGUUAUAUGCAUGAUUUUUAUUCCAUUACAUUCAUUUGCUGUUUUAAGUGCUAUGGAAAUGAUAUGGGUUGUUAAACUAAACUGACCAGUAAAAUGCUUAUUUAUUAAAUAAAGAGAAGAACAUGUUGCUCAAAGUGAGAAGCUCUGGACUGAUUUGCCACAUAAUUUACGUCACAAUCUUUAAUAGGAGUGCAAGGGGCGGUUGGUCUAGUAGACGAUCUAUCUCUGUAUCCACUUACAAGUGUUUGUCUACCUGUGCUUACAUUUGCAUGUACAUGGUUAACUGAUAAAGCAGGGAUAGAGGCAUGUGAGCAAGUGGGCAGCAGGUGAAGAGUGGUUUUAGAUCGUGAAACGUGUUUUUGUGUUUAAUAUCUGAGCACGUUGCACAAAAGACAUUGAGGCCCAACAGGGAAAAGAAGAGAUGGAUGAGGGGAGUAUGAGUGGACUGGAGAGAGAGGUAGGAGGGAUGGGUACUGUCGGUAUCCAGGGGUUGGAGGAGAUGCACGGCGGAGGAAGCACAAGGAGACUGGCCAUGAAGAAUGAGGAGGAUAACAAGGGGGAAGGAGGAAAGGGCUGCCACUACGGGAACAUGUGGAAGGGAGGGUGGAUGCUGAGCGAGCGGCUGGCCAUCAACGUGGCGGGUAUGAGAUAUGAGACUCAGCUUCGCACGCUAGCCCAGUUUCCAGACUCCUUGCUGGGGGAUCCUCAGAGACGGCUGCGCUAUUUUGACCCGCUGAGGAACGAGUUGUUCCUGGAUCGGAACCGGGUCUGCUUCGACGCCAUCCUCACUUACUACCAGUCAGGUGGACGCCUCCAGAGGCCCUCUGAGAUCCCGGUGGAUGUUUUCCUGGAGGAGCUUGAGUUCUACCAGCUGGGCGAGGAGACCCUGGAGCGCUACAAAGAUGACGAAGGCUUCCCUAAAGAGGAAGUGCGCAUUCUGCCCAAAGGCAGGAUUGCGAGUAAGGUAUGGAGUCUUUUCGAGUAUCCCGACUCCUCGCGCUAUGCUCGCAUCAUCACCAUCUUCAGCAUCGUGAUCAUCAUUCUGUCAGUCACCACUUUCCUCCUUGAGACAAUACCUGAGCUGCAGACCACCGAGCCACCAAGCAAGGAGGAUCUAUUAGGAGCCCACAAUGACACGAGCCAGUCCAGUGGGUUUCUGUCAGCUUUGGACUUCUUCUUCGUGACAGAAUGCAUAUGCGUCAUCUGGUUCUCUAUAGAACUGACCCUACGCUUCUUUUCUUCACCCAGCAAGAUCCUGUUUUUGAAGGACUACAUGAACCUGGUUGACUUCAGUUCCAUUCUCCCUUUUUUCAUUGAGCAGUUCUCAGAUAUUUCCAGACCAUCUGACAUGGAGGAGGAGGAGUCAACACUGGCUCUCUUCAAGAUUGUCAGGCUGGUGCGAGUCUUCCGGAUCUUCAAACUCUCCCGCCAUUCCAAGGGUCUGCAGAUCCUGGGCAUGACCUUGAAGGCAAGCAUGCGUGAACUAGCUCUGCUCGUCUUUUUCCUCCUCAUUGGAGUCAUCAUUUUCUCUAGUGCUAUCUACUUUGCAGAGGGGGAUAAGGAAGACACAACCUUUCUUAGCAUUCCUUACUCCUUUUGGUGGGCUUUGGUUACCAUGACUACAGUUGGCUAUGGUGACAUGUACCCUGAAACAGUAAUGGGCAAGAUGGUGGGGUCCCUGUGUGCCAUUGCUGGGGUGCUAACCAUCUCCCUGCCUGUGCCUGUCAUCGUCUCCAACUUCAGCUACUUCUAUCACAGGGCAAAUUUGACCUUUGACCCAUCACCUUACAAGCAUGUGAAGUGUUCUUUGUGGGAGGAAGAUGACGAGGAUGAUAAGGCAAAGGAUUACUUGGCUUUGGGAGGCCUGUAUACUCCUCUGAAUGGGACUCUACCUACAUAUGAAAGGAAUGAGGUUCAGCAGGUAGGAAAUGUAUACAUUAAGGAACCGCUGCUGACAGAGGUGUGAGAGUAUGAGGUUAGCAAAGUGUGCUAACUGACCAAAGGCCAAGAGCAAUUUGGUUGCUACAGAGUCUUACUGUAUGAAUACAGAAUAUCAAUAGCAGGUGACAAAGUCCAUUCACAGGGAUAGUGUAGGAUCUAUUUUUGUUUAUUGAUUUAUUUUGAUGUAUUUCUUACUACUAUACUCAAUAUUUAAUCUUAAAUUGCUUAUUAUGUUUAUUUAUUGAGUAAAUGGAAUGAAUAAUUGCUGUGCCUUAUUUAUUUAAUUGCAUUUAUGGCAGUAUUAUAUAGUAUUAACUAUCAAAUUAAUUAGUAAUUAGCAACUGUUGUCCUGCCUGUCAUGUCUGUCUGACCCUCCUGUCUGCUUCCUCAUGUGGUGCUGAUGAGGCACGGCUGUUCUUUGUUGCCCCUCUUUAGUCUUUGUAUAUUAGUCCCGGUUUGUCUCUUCAUCCCCAGUCCAGUCAUGUUUGUGAGCCCAUGCCCUCCUGUUUGCUUUCCAGCCUUUGUUUAGUUUAGGUAAAAAAAAAACCUUUUUCUUUCGGCAAAUUGCCUGCUCUCGAAUCCAAGUUGUGUCUGUAACAACUUAUGUUACAUUUUUCAUUUCACUGAAAUUAUGAUUAACUGUGCAGUAUUUUUUGAUUUUCCAUCAAUGAAAUCAUAUAGCAUGUGAUGUUGUAUGCCCCAAAUAAUUUAUUACAUUAUAUAUCAAAACUAUAUAUGUGUGCAGUAUAUUGUGUGUGACAUUCUACAUUUAUGUGUAAGUAUUUAAUAAAAAAUAUUCGAUCUGA